ACACUCUUAUGAUCCACCUACCUACGACGCUGCACUGCGGAUCCCGAGACCACGUAAACAUAAAUGUUAAUUUAACAUUGUUUUGUGCUUCGCCUUGCCAUUUCUAGCGUCAGUUCUUUUUCCAGAUCAAAGAACAGUUAAGACAUACCAGAAUGGGUGAAUUAUUUGACGUACAACGGCAGAAUUUCUGGACUGAAUCCAUCCACAAAGAAGCCUACACAAGAUUGGCUUGGCAUGAGAAGUACAGCAAGGAAUUCGCCCGUGAGUCUCGCGAGGGAGGCCAGGCAGCGGUCGCUAGGAAGAAGCGACCUGAUAUGGUGCCCAAGGUGAAACUUAUUCCUGUCCAGUCUUUGAAAACCAAGAAAACCAAGAAAGCAGCUGACAAGACCGACGCCUCUAAAGCUCAGGAAAAUUCCAAGAAAGAACUAGAAAAAAUUGCCGGCAAAGAUCCUAAUGCUCUGUUGGUUGAAAUGAGACCCGUCACAUCGGAUGUUAGGGAGCAGUUGUUCAAGGGAUUCAGCAAAGAAGGAACAGGACGCUAUGCCUAUCUACAGAUGCGUAAACUAAAGAAGCCUGAGAUGAAGUAUGAGGUUCCGCUGACCAGUUCUUGGGAGUAUGGAUGGAGGCUAAAUGAUGUCGUCAAGGAAUUCCGUGCACCUACAUAUGGCCGUUCACGUAUCGUCAAAGACUCAUUUUUCCGUACAAAUGGAAUAUUCUAAUUUCUAGAAGAAUGAGCAAUCAGACUGACAGUUUGAACAAUUAAUCUAAAUACUACUAACAAGAUAGGUUCCAUUUCCAUUUUUCAAGCCUGGUGCUUGAUGUGCACAUGUGCAGUGAGAGAGACGUUCCAGUUUUCAUCAAAAAAAGAAAAAGCAAGAAAGAAAUACAAAGUGCUGGACAUUUGCAUCAUAACAUGACCGUCGUCCGGAGACAGCAGUUCUAAGUCUGAGAUGUCUUUGAAUUGUUUCACAAGAAUGAGUGUCAUUAUGCCAAAGCAACUGAGGGUUUUGUCACAUCUGGUUCAUCAGAUUUUCAUCUAUUGACUACUCACUGCAUUUCAAGAUCAUCUAAAGUCUACCCAAAGUCUUAGGGUUCUAUUUCCUUUGUAACCAUAUUAUCAGAUAGUCAACAUUCUCUACUUGGUUUAAUGUAUUUCUAGAAUUUCUGGAUUUCAAGAUUGUGAAGGUUCACUUCAUCACAUGCCAAAUUUCACCCAUGUAAAAGGCAGAGAGUGCUUCUUUUUUAAAUGUCAUUCUUCCAUCCAUACUAAAGCUUAGUUUGUGAUAUCAGUGCUACAUUUACAUGUAUGUGUGUAUCAUAUAAAUAUUUUUUUCAUAAUUGAAACAGUAUUCUUUAAAUCUAAAAAUCUAUGCAUUCAUUUUCAUUAUUUGUGGUUUUGUUUUGUAAAAUUUGGCAAAAAAGUUGUGUGACAAAGUUUACUUGUAUAUCUAAAAUGUCUACAAUAAAUGACUUUGUUAAUACAUCAUAAUGUUAACAAUAUAUUUGAUGUUUGAGAUGAGUACCAUCGUUGAGUAGAGAUCAUGCAAUAACUUAAAUGUUGUAUAAAACUUAUAUAUCAAAUUGAAUUGAAUAAUUAUUUUAGAUAUGCACCUCUAAUUUAUUGUUUCCAUUUGUUUGUUCUUUACACAUUGCAAUUAAGUUGAACAAGGCCAACAUUUCUUGUUAGCAAUAUCUUUAUUGUACAUUCCUGUGCCUAUCAUCCCUCCCCCCAAAUUUCUAUACAAUCUAAUAUUACUUCUCACAUUUCAAGCUUCUUAAAGUUUUUUUUGAUCGAUGCCAAAUUGGACUACCUUAAAAAGUAGUUCAUAUACAUUAUAUUGGUAUAAUCAGUUUUCCUUUUGCACAGCUUUCGCGUGAGAGGGUAUGUUUUUGAAGGGAAUGUAGCAACUAAAAUUGCCUAAUACUUAUUACGCAGAUGUUUUUGAUGUAUUUCUUUGACCAGCAUUCCUUGAAUACUCAACAGUAGGAUCGUUAAUAAAAUUGAGAAGAUGUAAAAAAAGAAUUUAUUCAAUCCUUUUUCAGGUGCAUCUUUCUACAGCCAUUGCUGCGCUGUUUAAUCAUCCAUUCUGUAAUUAUUUGAUAUGCUGGUUUACCACAGAUAGCAACUCGGGUGACGGGAUGAAUCUAUCUAUCAAUCUAUUUUGCUUCAUUGAAAUUCCUUCUCAAGUUUUUUUUUAUCUUACAUGUGAAUGUUUGUUUCAUUUGGAACAAAUAGCAUGGAACAAACUAUUGGAUUUUCACUUAUGUAUAAAGUUUUGAAGUAUUGUGAAAUCAAAUCACUUUCUUAUUCCUCUUUUUGGAAUUUGCCAUUAAAAUUAUAUUGUUCUCUAA